CUUUUCCAUUUCUUCCCUCAAACUUAUUAUAUAAUCACUUUACAACCAAACACUAUAUAAUCACUACAUUACAUAUAAUUCAAAUAAAUUACAAUCACUAACUCAAAUUCAACCAAAAAAAUGACAAAUGAAUUAGGUCUCGGAUUUGAAAUCACUGAGCUACGGUUGGGAUUACCCGGAGGAGGCGGCGACAAGGGUGUAAUUGUUAAGAAUGAAAAGAAGAGGGGGUUUUCUGAAGUUUGUAGCGAUGAAGGAAAUAGCUCGUCCUCCACUGGAACCACCACUUGUGACCGGAAAAUCCCGGCAAAGACGCAAGUGGUGGGGUGGCCGCCGGUUUGUUCGUAUAGAAAGAGGAAUAGUUUUAAUGAGCGGGAGAAUUCGAAAAUGUACGUGAAAGUUAGCAUGGAUGGAGCUCCAUUUCUGAGAAAAAUUGAUUUGGGGAGUUAUAAAGAGUAUUUUGAUCUUCUUGUUGCUUUGGAGAAGCUUUUUGGUUGCUUUGGCAUUGGCAAAGCGUUGAAGGAUGCAGAGAGCAGUGAGUACGCUCCAAUAUAUGAGGACAAGGAUGGAGACUGGAUGCUUGUUGGAGAUGUCCCUUGGGAGAUGUUUACAGAGUCAUGCAAGAGACUAAGGAUCAUGAAGAGAUCAGAGGCCAAAGGAUUUGGACUGCAACAGAAAGGUGCUCUUAAGGGAAUUUCAAGAGAUGAUCAUACUUAAAAUAUUAUAAAUUGUGGAGCAUUAAACACAAUUUUUAUUAAUUAUAUAAUCUGUUUAAUUAUAGUGUUGUUGCCUAUUUAUUAUUUCUUUAAUUAAGCUGAUGAAUCUUUAUCAAGCUAUGACUGUAAGAAUUUUAAUAGGAAGGGUACAAUUUGCUUGUUUAAUUAUCAUCAAUUUGUUGCUAUUUCAAACUUAAUGCAUGUUAUUGGAAAUUAAA